AUGGCUGGGCUUAUCCAUCUCGGUUCAGAGACAGUGCAUGGUGUUGUCAAGCGAGAUGGCCGAUACACCAUCUCGGCCCAGGGUGGCGUGGAGAGACUAGAACUAGAUGAAUGGGAACAGGGGGUGAUGACGGGUGCAAAAUCGCCAGCUGGAUUGAUAAUCGGAUCCCAUAUCAUGCUGAACGACCAGCAGCAGGGCUCCAUUCCUGUCUGA